AUGCCACAGUUUUUGUUGCCAAGUUCUUUGGCCGUGCUGACCUCAUGUCCUUCCUCUCCUCAGUCCCAAAGACCAGCUUUGCUUCAAUCGUUAUUGUUUGAGGCAUGUGGAAGGACGGUGAACCCAGAAAACGGAGCGGUGGGACUCUUAUGGACUGGGAACUGGCAUUUGUGCCAGUCCGUGGUGGAGACGGUGCUCCGAGGCAGGGUCGUACACGUUCUGCCAGAGUUUUUCUGCCGGUCUUCUACGCUGGAAUCUGAUGAUUCGUCGGAAGCCUAUGACAGCAACUUUUUUCUAUCUCAGGAUCUAAUUAGGCCAUUCAAUCUUUGUAUAGACCUACCUACUCUGUUCAUGGAUCACACAGUCCCCCCACGCAGUGAAUUAAGUCCUGAUAAUCAAUCUAGUUCAUAA